UUCAGCGCAGCUUGAACACAUAUCUGAGAUUGAUUGCGCUCCGGGCUGGGCCGCCGCUUCGUUUAGCUAGCGUUGUGGGGUUAGGUGUACCGAGUGUUUACACGCAUUGUUCGGAAAUUUGUCCGUAACCAAGCUUCGAUGAAGAUGGAUAAGAAGACCGAUGAAGAUGGAAGUGGAAAUCCUUUUCUCAACCUCGAGAAAACAUCUGUUCUCCAAGAAGCCCGCACUUUCAAUGAGACACCUGUGAACCCACGAAAGUGCACCCAUAUACUGACCAAGAUCCUGUACAUGUUGAAUCAGGGUGAGCAGCUGGGCUCCACUGAGGCCACAGAGGCCUUCUUCGCCAUGACCAAGCUGUUCCAGUCCAAGGACGUCACGCUCCGCAGACUUGUCUACCUGGGCAUCAAGGAGCUGGCAACCGUUGCCGAUGACGUCAUCAUCGUGACGUCAUCGCUGACGAAGGACAUGACCGGCAAGGAGGACAUGUACCGGGCGGCGGCCAUCCGCGCCCUCUGCUGCAUCACCGACACGACGAUGCUGCAGGCGAUCGAGCGGUAUAUGAAGCAGGCGAUCGUGGACCGGUCGCCGAGCGUGAGCAGCGCCGCGCUUGUCUCGGCCCUCCACCUGAUGCGCUCCUCGCCCGACGUCGUCAAACGCUGGAGCAACGAGGCCCAGGAGGCUCUCAACUCGGACAGCAUGAUGGUGCAGUACCACGCGCUGGGACUGCUGUACAACAUCAAGCGGUCGGACCGGCUGGCCGUCACCAAGCUGGUGGCAAAGCUGACCCGCGCCGCGCCUCGCUCCCCCUACGCCGUCUGCAUGCUGAUCCGCACCGCCUGCAAGCUGAUGGAGGAGGAGGACGCCGGCACAGACUCGCCGCUGUUCGACUUCGUCGACUCGUGUCUGCGCCACAAGUCGGAGAUGGUGGUGUACGAGGCGGCGCACGCCAUCGUCAACAUGCCGCGCACCUCGCCGCGCGAGCUGGCGCCGGCCGUCAGCGUGCUGCAGCUCUUCCUCAGCUCGCCGAAGCCCACGCUGCGCUUCGCCGCCGUGCGCACGCUGAACCAGGUCGCGAUGACGCAUCCGGCGGUGGUGACGGCCUGCAACCUGGACCUGGAGAGUCUGAUCUCCGACGUCAACCGCUCCAUCGCCACGUUGGCCAUCACCACGCUGCUCAAGACGGGCGCCGAGUCCUCCGUCGACCGGCUCAUGAAGCAGAUCUCCAGCUUCGUGUCCGAGAUCAGCGACGAGUUCAAAAUCGUCGUCGUCCAGGCGAUCAAGGCGCUGUGCCUCAAGUUCCCGCGUAAGCACGGCGUGCUGAUGAACUUCCUGUCGUCGAUGCUGCGCGACGAGGGCGGCCUUGAGUACAAGGCCUCGAUCGCCGACACCAUCAUAACCAUCAUCGAGGAGAACCCCGAGGCCAAGGAGGCGGGCUUGUCACACCUCUGCGAGUUCAUCGAGGAUUGCGAGCACACCAGCCUGGCGGUGCGCAUCCUGCACCUGCUCGGCCGCGAGGGCCCCAAGACCAAGCAGCCCUCCAAGUACAUCCGCUUCAUCUACAACCGGGUCAUCCUGGAGAGCGCGGCUGUGCGCGCCGCCGCCGUCUCGUCGUUGGCUCGUUUCGGUGCGCUUUGCGACGACAUGCUGCCCAACAUCCUGGUGCUGCUGCAGCGCUGCCAGAUGGACACGGAUGACGAGGUGCGGGACCGCGCCACCUACUACUACAACAUCCUGGACCAGCAGCAGGCAGCGCUCAACAACCAGUGCAUCCUCAACUCGCUGCAGGUGUCGCUGGUCGGCCUGGAGAAGGCGCUGCUGACCUACUGCCAGUCGCCGGCCGAGCAGCCGUUCGACCUGCGCGCCGUGCCGGUGGCCGAGGCGCCGGCGGCCGAGAGCGCCGCCGCGCCCGAGGGCUCCAUCACCAGCCGCAAGCCAGAGGAGAAGGUGACGGCUACGCGCCAGGACGUUUUCGCCGAUCAGCUGGCCAAGAUCCCGGAGUUCAGCCGACUGGGACCGCUCUUCAAAUCGUCUCAGCCUGUUGAGCUCACAGAAUCGGAGACUGAGUACGUGGUGCAGUGCAUCAAGCACGUGUUCGCGCACCACGUGGUCCUGCAGUUCGACUGUAAGAACACGCUGAACGACCAGCUCCUGGAGGACGUGAGCGUGCAGCUGGAGGCGCAGGACGGCUUCGAGGUGGUGGCCACGCUGCCGUGCGCCCGGCUCGAGUACAACGUCACGAACACGGCGUACACGCUGCUGAAGCUGCCGGAGGAUCUGAUGGCCACUGUCGGAUCCUGCGGCGCCACGCUGCGGUUCGUGGUGAAAGACUGUGACCCGGCCACUGGCCUGCCGGACACCGACCAGGGCUACGAGGACGAGUACCUGCUGGAGGAGGUGGAGCUCACCGUGGCCGACCACGUGCAGCGCGUGCUCAAGGCCAACUUCGGCGCCGCCUGGGACGAGAUCGGCGACCAGAACGAGCUGGAGGACACGUACGCGCUGUCGGCCAUGAAGACCCUGGAGCAGGCAGUCAAGCAGAUCAGCCAGUUCAUGGGCAUGCAGGCGUGCGAGCGCUCGGACAAGGUGCCCGACGGCAAGUCGAGCCACACCCUGCUGCUCUCAGGCGUGUACCGGGGCGGCGCCGAGGUGCUGGUCCGCGCCCGGCUGGCGCUCUCCGACGGCGUGACCAUGCAGCUGACGGUGCGCUCGACCGACCCGGCCGUCUCCGAGGUGGUGGCCUCGGCCGUCGGCUAGAGGCGCCGGCCCGCCAUCGCACCGGCCGCUCGCGCUGGCGCGCGGGCGACGCUGCGCUGCUGACCGCGUCACUGCUUUGGGCACGGGACUUCUAUCUGUAGCGCUCUUACCUGGAAUGGUGCCGUUCAUGAUCUGUGGCCGGCGCCGCUUACGUCGUUAGUUGAGCAAAUAUAUACCGAUUGAA